CAGUGAGCCAUGCAGCGCACAUUUACAAAACACAGUGUCGAGCGAGUGACAGGUUCAAAAAUAGCUGAAGUCGUGUGAGUAUAGCAGACGUGAGAGGCACAGACUGGUGUUAGGAAUAGGAGGCGUCGAAAAACAAGGUGGAAUUUGGAAGUGGUGUUUCAAGUUACAGACUUAAAUAAAUAUUUGGUGUAAUACAGAGGUGGAGCGAAGCUAGCUGCUCAUGAUGGGAAACCCCCAGCAUGUUUUACUGGCUCUUCUAGGCCUUAUCGUCCUGCAUGCCAAGGCACAAAGCAUACUGUUUACCGGCCUGGAUUCGUUUCGACCAGGAACAAAUUACGAAGCAUCAGUUGCCAGUUUGUCAAAUUCUCAAUUAAGCGUGACGGUUUCAAUCGUGAACAACAAUACUGGGCAAGUCAUAGCAGUACAGGACGCUACCGUUUUGAGUGGUACCCAGGCCCCAUUCAGCCUUCAGAUCCCAAAUGAGGUUGAUGAGAGUGCUAAGUAUUACGUACGUGUUCAGGAAGGACUCAGUUAUGACAACCAGACUGAAAUCCAUUUGAAGAGAAAGACGCGUUCUGUGUUCAUCACGACAGACAAGAGUAUAUACAAGCCAGGGGCUACAGUGAAAUUCCGAACAUUUGCUGUUGAUGUUUUCCUGGUACCAAAGAAUGACCCCAUCACUGUGGAGAUUUUGGAUCCUAAGGGGAAUAAGAUUAAGCAGUGGAGAGACCAACUUGGACAAAAUGGUGUUGUAUCUGGUGAACUGGAAUUGUCAACCUUGACCGCCCUUGGGGCUUGGAAGAUAAAAGUGACAUCAGUGGGUGAAGAAACCACAGAAACAUUUCAAGUGGAGGAAUACACUCUCCCUAAGUUUGAGGUCAGCGUUACCAUGAAUCCCACCUUUGUUGUGUCCUCUAAAGAUCCAAUGCAAAUUACAGCCAGGGUUACGGCCAAGUACAAUAUUGGAACACCUGUGGACGGAGAGCUGGUACUUACAGUGAGACAGGAAAGGGACUGGUACAACAUUCAGAAACAGACCAUUUCACGCCAGAUUUCGGGAGUUGUGAAUGUUGAUGUGAGAUUUCCAGGUGGUACAUUUGUCUCAUGCGGGAUCUGUGCUAUGAUUGUUGAGGCCGAAGUUACUGACUCCUUGUCAGGGGAAAAGAGAAAAAGCUCUUCCAAAUUUCAGACAUGGAGAGAUUUAGAGAAGUUAGAGUUCAUCAACAGGCCAGAGUUCAUCAAAUCUGGUUUGGCUACUCGGUUUCAGCUGAAGCUAACUCAGCAGGAUGGGAGUCCAUUAUUGGAUACCGGAAAGAAAGUCACUGUCAAGGUCACGGAAAAUUAUCAACAAUUUCCUAAUGAAGGAAACAAUGCGAAGGUUUCUGAUUAUAGCUUUAGUCUACCUGCGUCUGGCCUCCUCAUGAUAGAUCAUCAGACUGCUCCCAAUGCUACCAAUUUGAGAAUUGAGGCAGAGUACAAUGGAGUGAAGGCCACAGACUAUGUGUCCCAGCAGUUUAAAUCACUAAGUGGAAACAGUAUUGAGAUCGAACAGGGUCAGAAUGGUAAUCAGGUAAGUGAUUUGUCAUACUAACUACCGUACAGAGUUCAGCAGGUUCGAAACAUUUGGUUUUUCAGAUCAUUUGAUGAAGGAAUGUGUUUGUACAUGAAGUGAAUAUAUAUCAUAAUGGCUGCCUCACAUCUCAUCUCGCUUUUGACAGUCCUGCACCUACAUGUGGCUUGCUUCGAAGGAGUUGUUUUCAUAUGAAACGUGUAUGCUGAUAAAGUUUAAAAUUUGU